AAAAAGUUUUUCUUAUCAUACUAUACAAUUGAAAAUCAGCAAGAUGAGGAUUCUUCAUGUUCUAAUUAGUUUGGCAUGGGUUGUCCUUGUUAGCAGUAAUGGCGCAAACCUUUCCCCACAAGAACUUUUCAAUUUGAACAUUGAUAAGAGAGAGCGAAUUGCAAUUAUUGGAGCUGGAGCUGGUGGUAGUUCUGCUGCUUAUUAUUUACAAAGAUUCAGUCCCGGUAAAUACGAUAUCACAAUAUUUGAAAAAUCUGAUAGUGUCGGAGGAAGAUCUACUACUGUUGAUGUUAAGGGACAUAAAGUUGAGUUAGGUGCCUCAGUAUUUGUAAAAGCUAAUAAAAUCUUGACGAAUGCAGUGGAGACGUUCAAUUUGUCGACCCAGAAGUUUGGCGAAAAGGUUAAGGGAACCGUUGCAAUUUGGAAUGGUGACCGGGUUGUUCUCGAACUAGGCUCAUCGUGGUGGUCAAAUAUCAAACUUUUAAUAAAGUAUGGACUUUCACCCAUAAGAUUGGUGAGAUUAAAGAACAGAUUCAUUAGCAAAUUCCUUCAAAGUUAUUACGAUGGAAACUUCCCCUUCGCUAACCUUACAGAUUUGACUGUGGAAUCAAAAUUCUCCGAAGUCACUCAUUUGACUGCGGAGGAAUACUUGUACGAACAGGAAAUCAGUGAUGAUUUUGCAAAUAAUUUGAUUCAGGCUGCCACUAGAGUAAAUUAUGCCCAGAACCUUGAUCAAAUACAUGGAAUUGGAUCAUUGGUGGCAGUCGCUGCCGAUGGGGCGGAACAAGUUAAGGAUGGUAAUUGGAUAAUCUUUGACAACUUUAUCAAAUAUUCGGAUGCAAAAUUACAUCUUCAAACUCGAGUUAAAUCAAUAAUGAAAAAUGAAGAAGGUUGGCUAGUUUCCUACGACGAUAAGACGUCUUAUUUUGACCAAGUCAUUAUUGCAUCACCGUUUGGCCAAUCUAGGAUAAAUCUCCAAUCCGGGUCUGGCAAAAAGCUCUCAGAGCAUCCAGUUGAGUAUGUUAAUUUACAUGUUACUUUAAUCUCUACUAAUUGUACUAUCUCCCCAUCUUUUAUUGAUUCAGAUUCAAAUGAAUCACCCAAAUCAAUUUUAACCACGAAGGACGGUCAAGGUAACACUCCUGAUUUCUAUUCAAUAUCAGCCAUUGAUUAUUUUGAAGAUACUGAUGAGUACCUUUAUAAAAUUUUUUCACCAAGAAGAAUCAAGGCCGAGUUUCUCGAAGAUGUCUUCACCGGAUGCAAUGGGAAUAUAAGUUGGAUCUUUAGAAAAAAAUGGAGGUCAUACCCAUAUUUAAAACCAAAUAAAAACUUUGGAAGUUUUGAGAUCGAACAAGGAUUAUGGUAUUUGAAUAUUAUUGAACCUUUCAUAAGCACUAUGGAAACCUCUGCCUUGGCUGGUGCUAAUGUGGCUGGAUUAAUAAGUCACGGUAAAAAUACUACAGAGAUCAAAAUACCAUAAAUCAUGUUUAUUUUUCAUUUCAACUAACAAUCAAAGAGAAUAAAUAUUUAAAUAAAGAGGAAAAAAGGUUGCAAAGAAUUGAAAUAAUUAAAUCUUUUUUGGUUCAAAUCAUUACUUAUCACUAGAUAAAAUUUCUUGAGCUUCGUCGGAGAUUUCGUCACGUUGUCUUUCUUCUAAGGAAGGUCUGUUCAACAAAGCUUCGAAAUCUUUAGAAUAUGGUGCUUUAUCAAUAUAUGGAGGGUUAUUGUCUUUAACAAUCUUGUAGUAAUUUUCAUAGAUAUUACCAUCGUAAGAACCCAAGGAUGAGUUGAUCAUCAUAUCGGAUAAUUGGAAGGCAUCAGUUAAAGGAAUAACAUGAGGUCUUAAAUCA